AUGUCUGCCGCCGCUCGUGUCGCCCGCCCUUUCGCCUCCCGCGCCCUCGCCCAGAAGCUCCCGCUGAGCUCCGUCCGCAGGGUCUCGCCCGCAAUGGGUUUCCCGCGGGGAACAAUCCGCACCUUUUCGCAGAGCCCAUUCUUGGAAGUGAAGAAGUACACUGAAUCCCACGAAUGGGUCGAGCUCUCCGACGACGGCAAGACUGCUAAGGUCGGCAUCACAGAAUACGCCGCCAAGUCCCUUGGUGAUGUUGUGUUCGUUGAGCUCCCCGAGACCGGCCUCGAAGUGAGCGCCGGCGAGCCCGUCGGUGCCGUGGAGUCCGUCAAGUCUGCCUCAGACGUCCUCUCUCCCGUCUCCGGCACGGUUGUGCAGCCAAAUGCUAUCCUCGAAGACAAGGCGAAGUUCAUCAACGAGAGCCCCGAGGGCGAUGCCUGGAUCGCUGAGAUUGAGGUCAGCGAUGCCUCCGAGGCCGAUGGCCUGCUUGAUGAGGCCGCCUACAAGGCCACCAUUGAUGAGGAGUAA